UCAUUCUUGCGAUGCAGUGGAAAGUUAUCAAGACGCUAAGGAGACAAGUUAGGGCACUGUCUGGCAGAGUAGACCUCAACCCGGCUGACCGUCGCAGAGUGUGGCAGCUUCGGGCCACCCAGGUCCUGGUACGCACGCUCCUUGCCUUCGGCGUGACGUUCUCUGUGUGCUGGAUUCCGGACCAGUCUAUGUACCUGCUGUACAAUUUCGGUUUUGAUUUGAGCAUCGCCUCGACUGUCCGUCAGUUUGGCAUCAUCUUGGGUGUAUGUAACUCCUGCAUCAACCCGAUCAUCUACACCAUGACAAACCAGCAGUUCCGUAAAGGUGUCAUGGUAGCAUUUAGUGGAAAGAGGACAGCCCGCGUUGGAGACGCCACCACAACCAUGCAGUUAGCUGUGAUAAGUGCAAGGACAGAAGGGAUCCCAGGACACAUGACGUCACCUUGAUAUUUGACAGAGGACGGCUUCCCACGCCUUAAUUUCCAAUUCAAGUGCUGUCGUUGUUGUCGACCUGCUGAUUCUAAGUACAGACAGCGUCGUUAUUAUUAUAAUAGUCAGCGCACACUGCAAAAACUCUGGUGUUUAAACAGCACUUCUUGGUGUUAUCAGAAUUUGAUGGCCACACAACACCUACAAGUGUUACAGUGCAUUGGAGAGUGUUAGACGUUACACCAACAGUGUUGAAAUAACACAACAAAUUUA